CCCCGCUCUACCUCAGAUCUACUUUACCCCUCCCCAGUAACUCCCACCCCCAACCACAUAGUACCUUACCGUCUUUUCCCCCCAUUUCCCUUCUUCAAUUCCAUUUCCCAUUCCUUCAUUCUCCAUACCCUAGACUCCAAAUUCUUCCUCACACUUCAAUCUUCUCACCUCAAAACCAAAAUCUUACUCAAUUCCAUUCUCAAUUAGGGUUUUCUUCAUAACCUCAAUUCAUAAAUGAUGGGAAUUCGACCUCAGCAAUCGUCUGUAGACGAAGAGGACGAGGACCUUCUAGGUUGUGGAACUACGGUUUCCGGCCAAUCAGGCUCCACUAGCAGGAGUGCCGGUUUGCCGUCUUCCGGGACUGCUGCUGGUGACAACGCUGCUCUCAAAUUAAACCAUCUUGAUAUACAGGAUGAUGAGGCUGGAUCACAGGGAGCAGUUGCUAGCAAGAAGAAAAAGAGAGGGCAACAGAGGGCUGUUGGAGGUGAUAAAAGUGGAAGAGGGCUUCGCCAAUUUAGCAUGAAAGUGUGUGAGAAGGUGGAAAGUAAGGGAAGAACAACUUACAAUGAGGUGGCAGAUGAACUUGUGGCUGAGUUUGCUGAUCCAAUCAAUAGUGUUUUGUCCCCUGAUAAGCAACAAUACGACGAGAAAAACAUUCGACGAAGGGUCUAUGAUGCUCUGAAUGUUCUAAUGGCAAUGGACAUUAUCUCUAAGGAUAAAAAGGAAAUACAAUGGAGAGGUCUUCCUCGUACUAGUCUGAAUGAUAUUGAAGAGCUAAAGACAGAGCGGCUUGGGCUUAGGACUAGAAUUGAAAGGAAAUCAUCCUAUCUGCAGGAGUUAGAGGAACAAUUUGUAGGUCUUCAAAACCUUAUUCAACGAAAUGAACAGUUAUAUAGCUCCGGCAAUUCUCCUAGCGGAGGUGUAUCUUUACCCUUUAUUCUAGUACAGACUCGUCCUCAUGCAACUGUUGAAGUGGAAAUAUCAGAAGACAUGCAGCUUGUUCAUUUUGAUUUUAAUAGUACUCCCUUUGAGUUGCAUGACGACAAUUACGUGCUAAAGGCAAUGGAAUUCGGUGAUAGACCACAGAGUGAUACUGUUACGCACAAUGUUACAGAUGCAGGUGAAGGUUCUAGCAUGUCCGGCAUGCAGUCACAGGUUCCUCCUUCAGUUUCAAGCGUGUCGACUAGGCCUCCCACAUCACCUCCACUCCCGGGAAUAUUAAAGGCAAGAGUUAAGCAAGAACAUUGAUCUGCAAGUUUAUGAUGUCGUCUUGCCUUUUAAGUAUGUCUGUAUAUUUUGUAAAGAAAUUUACCGAAUUAAUAUACCUUCGAAAUUGUUGGUCAUCAGUACAGACAAGUCAUUUGGUAGGUGAGAAGCAGAUUGGUCUGCUUGCUUCUUUAUUAUUUAGGUUUGACUGGCAAAUUCUUUUACUAUCAUCCACCAUUUACUA